CGUAGGACUCUUUCCUGGCAGCGAGAGGCAGUUCCCGCCCACCUAAGCGGCAGGCAGAGGAAGUUCCUCCUUUCUGUAGGACCGUUUUUGGGUUGCUAAGCAACGGUCUUUCUCAGGCGCGGCCUUCUCUCUGGGGACUCCCUCCCGUCCCGCCCAGCAGUCCCUUCAGCUCCCUGUCAGCGACCGGGCGGAGGGAGCUUUCUACCGGACACGUUUCCCAAUGCAGGCGUCCCCAGAGCCGGCGGCGGUGGCGGAAAGGGCGGCGGCGUGCAGCCCGAGCCCCAUGAGGGGGGAGGCCGGAGGAGAGCCUGGCUUGGAGGAGGCCCUGGAGCAGUACCACCAGAGUUUGCGCGAUCGUGCUAGCAAGAGCCUCAGUCAACUGAAGCAUGCCUUGGAAGAAAAAGAUAUGGCAAUGGGGGAAAGCACAGCUGUGUUUCACCAGCUAUUUGAUAAUGCAGGCUAUGAAGAAAGUGAGGAUAGAGCAUGGCAGGAGCUUCAGUACAGUCAUGCAGUUAAUCAGCUUAAAGCUUUAUUACGACAACAACAAGAAAAGGAAAGUGAAAUGUCCCCUUCAGCGAGCAGGAGAAUGUCACCCACAAGAACAGCUAAAGCAGCAGAUCAGUGUUUGCCUGCCCUUGGUGAUCUUGUACCCAUCAUUAAUGAUCAGUCUCAAUAUAUUAACCACUUGGAGGCAGAAGUCAAAUUUUGCAAGGAGGAAAUGUCUGAACUCAAAUCUCGUAUUCGUGUGGUUGUGGUUGAAAAUGAGAAGCUUCAUGAUAAUCUGAAAAUGUUAACGAUGGAGCGCACACUCAGAGAGCAAACCUUCCUGGAUACUACAGCAGCUUCUCAAAAUGCUCAUGGCAUAAGUAGUGCUCAUAUUGGUGAAACUUGUAUAUCAUCUCAGAAAAACGAGCAAGCUGCAGUAGAUGUAUUAGAAACUGAUAAAUGGCAACUAGAGCUGGACAAGCUAAAAUGUCUCCAUCAAGAAAGAACAGAAGCACUUGAAGCUCAGGUUUUGUCUUUAAGAAAGCAGUUAGCAGAAUCACAGAAGAAUAGUGAAGAACUAACUGGAAGAUUAAGGCAUCAAGAUAUGCUUGUUGCAGCAAGUAGUUCCAAUCGGGUUGGUGGCCUUUGCUUAAAAUGUGCACAGCAUGAAGCUGUUCUUUCUCAGACUCAUUCAAAUGUCCACGUGCAAACCAUUGAACGACUAACAAAAGAGAAAGAUGAAUUAAUAGCAGCCCUUUCUUCACUCAGAAUAAAUCUAAGUGAAAUGCAGCGAAGAGAAUGUAGUGCUUAUGAACAAGUGAAACAAGCUAUACACAUGACUGAAGAAGCCAAUUUGGAAAGAACCAAGGCUCUUGUUCAAUGUGAACAACUUAAAAAUGAGAUGGAGAGACAAAGAAAUCGUCUUGAAAGGGAGUUAGCAAUCCAACUAGAUAAGAGAGCCCAAGAGCGAGAAGCAGUUCGUGAAGAAAUGAAAAAAGAAAAAGAAAAUCUGUCAUCCAUGGUGUUGUCUUUAUCUCAGAAUGUGGCUGGUCUGGAGGUUCAGAUUGACAGGGUUACCAGGGAGAAGAUCUCCUUAGCAAGUCAACUGGAGGAUGCUCAGAAUCAAAAUGCUUCUCAUGAUAUAGAGAUUAAUAAGGUGUGUGGAGAAAUACGUUACCAAUUGAAUCAGACCAAAAUGAAGAAGGAUGAGGUAGAAAAGGAUCACAGAGACUAUAGAACCAAAACUAUGAGAGAACUUGAAAUUAAAGAUCAGGAAAUAGUGAAAUUAAAAGCAGAGCUGAAUCAAAAUAAACAACGCCUGGAACAAACACAGCAGGAUAUUACAGGGGCAAAGGAUGAAUGUCUGAAAUUAACAGAAUUGCUAGGAAAAACUGAGCACCAACUGCACCUUACCAGGUUAGAAAAAGAGAAUAUUCAGCACAGCUUUAACAAGGAAGCAAAGACCCGAGCCCUUCAGGCCCAGCAGAGAGAGCAGGAGCUGACACAGAAGAUGCAGCAAAUGGAGGCACAGCAUGAUAAAACUGAUUACAGCAGCUUGACAAGCAUUGCCAGACCACUGCCCAACAGUUGGUGGAGCUGCUCAACAAGCAGAACAACCUCUAUAAGGAAAGGCAGGCACUUAAGGAAGAAGUGGACUUCCUGCGGACUCAGGAACAUUCCCAUGGCCUCCCCAGCCAAGCUCUUCCCCUGAAAUUGAUCACUCCUGAAGUCAAGUGGCCAGAGGCUUCAGCCAGAACAAGGUGCCCAGCCCUGUGAUCAGUGGUGAUGUUGUAGACUGAUUGGCGCCCUCAUCAUUGAUCAUAUUGCUGGGCUCAGCUGCAAAGGGCAGGCAGGCUAAUCAUGGAUGCUCCGCUGAGCUGGUGAUGCAGGGGAUGUGUGACACCACCUAAGGCAGGCCACCUCUUUAUCUACUGCCUAAGGCAAGGGGUACAAUUUUUCCUCAUGUUGAGGAUGUUUAGAAGUGUCAGCUGUGAAUGCACAUGGGCCUUUUUUUCUCCAUGCUGGGAAAGUACUUACCAGAUAAACCAGCCAUGAUCCUAAUGCUGUCAGAGAGGAUGGCCCCACUCCCAAACAUUACAGGGUAUUGGUAUUUGAGUCCUUGUCCUGAAAAAUUACUCACAUAUGGGUAUGGUAAAAAUUUACAUCCAUGUGAUGUUGACACCAUAAGAAGUUGUGGCAUUUACAGAUGUCUCUGCUGUGACGAUUGGCCCAGUUAUAUAGAACAUUUCUGAUCAAGAACUGCACUUUCUGUACAGAUCUCGAAUGGAUGAGUGGCAUGGAGACUUUCUGUGUCUUGGACCCCCAGAGCCACAAUUCAAUCUGCUACAAUGGAAAAAACUGGUUGUGAUAGUACUAAGUGAAAGCAGUGUGGAUUCACAGCAUGCAUGUAUGCCAGCUGAGUUCCACUGGUAUAUCAGUCUAGUUUAAGAGUUUACCUGUUUCCCUGGAAAAUAAUCACCCUGAACUGGUUUUCUAAGUAAAAAACCCCAAACUUUUAAGAGAAAUUAAUUGAGUUGGAAAGGUCAGAUCUAGUUCUAAUUAGCUAACUAGUCAAAGAGGGAGUUAGACGUGCUUAGGUCCAAGAAACCAGUUCUUGACUUGGAUAUACUCCCUGCUUCUGCCUUCUCUUGUUUUGAUGAGAUGAAGACUAGUGAAAUACAGUAUCAUGGUUUUUACUAGAUAAUAACUAGAUUUCAUCUCUGCAAAUGUAAAUGAAAAUCCUCCAAAUGGAAUUGUAAAUUCAGAGAGAAGCAUGUUCAUACAUGUUUAAUGUUUGUCUUGAAUGCCAUCAGGUGAUCUAGUUUGGAGGUUUUUUUGUCUCAUAUUCUCCUGUUGUAACUGAGGGAGAACAAGAGUGGAUAAUUUUCUUUGUUUUCAUUUAUGGAAUAUUUUAGUACAACUGGAGUGUUUGUGUGUGUGACAUCAAGUUGCUGCUGCUGCUCAGCCGCAUAGUUGUUUCCGACUCUUCGUGACCUCAUGGACCAGUCCACGCCAGAGCUCCUUGUCGGCCAUUGCCGCCCCCAGUUCCUUCAAGAUCAAGCCAGUCACUUCAAGGAUACCGUCCAUCCAUCUCGCCCUUGUUCAGCCUCUCUUCCUUUUUCCUUCCAUUUUCCCCAGCAUCAUGAUCUUUUCCAAGCUUUCCUGUUUCUAAUAUCCUUCCCUCCAGUGAGCAGCCGGGCAUUAUUUCCUGGAUAAUGGACUGGUUGGAUCUUCUUGCAGUCCAAGGCACUCAGGAUUUUCCUCCAGCACCAGAGUUCAAAAGCGUCUAUCAAGUUACCUGUAUGCUUAUGCGUAUUUUCUUAGGGAAGAAAAGCUCAAGGAUGGUUUUGCCAGUUCCUUUUUCAGGAAUAUAGCCUGCAGCUCUUUGUAUUUGCUGCUGGUUUCCCCUCAAGUACUAACUAGGGUUGACUCUAUUUAGCUUCCAAGAUCAGAUGGAAUCUGAUACCUUUAAGGUCCAAUACCUGGUGCCAAAAUUUCACUCACUACUCCCAUUCAGAAUUGUAGCUUGAAGCAUUCUGCUCUCUGGUGCUGUAUAAGUUAUAAGGCACUCAAGAGGCUAAUUCCACUACUUAUUCUCUUUUUAUCUACAAAUAGGCAACAUCCUAGGGCUAGUGACAGUCAAUCCUCACAUGAUCAGGAACUUUUCUCCUCAAGUGUUUCUUUUGCAUGUGUACUUCUACAAACCUAAGCAAUGCUCGUAUUGCGAUUGUGUUUCGCAUCGUUCCAGUUUUGGUUCCUUUUAUGUCAGUGCAUGUAUCAUGUGUUCACUGUUAGAGGGGCUGCAUAAUCAGAAUCUUCCAGAUUUUUUUAAAGAAAUGCAGGGUAGUUUUUCUACUAGUCACUUUUAGCAUAUAAAGACAAAUUCCUAUGUUGAUGAAGAUACCCAGCCCUUAUACAAGUUCUAGUAUAAAGAUCUCCCAUAUUUUGAGGGGACACUGUGUGUGGUGUAGUGGGAGUACAGAUGUGGGGUGGGUCUAAUUUGGUAGGUUAGGCACUGUCAUUUUCAAUAUCAUCAUGAGUUGGACUGGUGAAGAUCGGGGCUUUGUUGUUCAAGCUUAUUAUGAGAACAACCAAUCCAUGAUAACGACACAGAGAGCAUGUUCCAUACACACUUCACUGUUGGUUGAAAUGCAUCUGUACCUGAUUGGAAAACGAUUUUGCUGUGGAUUUCUAGAACCAUUAUUAGAACACCAGAAAAUGUGGAAGCAGUAAGAGCAUCCACUCAGCAAUCGCCAAGGCAUUCCGCUCAAAAGCAUGCCAUGGUACUCGGGAUAUCUAGUUGAGGUUUGAGGAGGAUUCUGCAUGCCACUUUAAAACUGCACCCUUACAAACUAAUUUGUCUGAUAUAAUUUUUAAAACCCAUUAAAACUACUGUUUUUAUGUACUUUUCAGAAAUACGUACAAUUUAUUCUAAAUAGCUUUGUUUCUUUUCUUUUUUUUAAAUCCCUUCAAAAUGUGGAAAUCCUUAUGCCCCCCCCUGUAUAGUCUAGAGGAAAAUAGCAACACUAAAUAUAUUCUGGAACAAACGUGCCACACCUUUUCAGGAAAAGAGGCAGAGGUGCCAGCAAAUGGGCCCUCUGUUUUUAAUAGAACAAAGCAGAACCAUGAAAGAUCUUUCUGGCCUCUCAGGGAAAAUGAUUGACCACCCCAUUCCAAGCAAAAGUCUUUGAAAUCUAAUUGUAUCAUCACACCAUUAACAAUCAACAAACAUUUGGGGGAGUAAUGUAGCCACAGGAAACAAAGAGAAGAAACAUCUGAGUACAUGUGGCUCCUGCAAGUGACAAGCUGUCUUUUGUUUUUAUCUUUCAGUUACCCCAUGAAUCACAGUUAGUAUGCUGAACUGGCGAAGCUUACUUCGAAAUGGUCUUCAUUCAUUGAAAAUGCUGGCAGAUUAUGUUCAUUAUCUUGUUUUAACUUGUCAACCUGAAGUUCUUAAAUAAUUAAACUUUGGCAAGCAUAUCUUCCUAAACAGAAAAUAAGUGAUACUCAGUUUCAGAUUUUGUGAAAUGGUUAGGCAAUGUCUUCUAGCAUUCAAGUCCUUCUUCCUUUUUCUCCUCCAAAAAUACAUUUAUGGUGUGAUUUCUGGGAAAUUGCUCACACUUUCAAAUAAGUGACAUUAUGCAUCUAUCUUCCCUUUGGAUGAGACCUUGAGGCAUACAAAGGAAAUGAAAGUCACAUUCACUCCCAUCGCUGUUCUUGGUACUUUCUGAGGUUACCUUGAAUUAAAAUAGUGGAUGUAAGUCUGAACUGUGUGUGUUCAUUCACUCAGUCUUCUCUGACUCUUCGUGACCUCAUGGACCGGUCUGAACUGCUAUUAUAUUAUUAUUCCCCACUGUAUUUUUGUAAUUUCCAACAUUUUGCCAAGAGCUAAUUAUUUUGACCUGCAAGAAAGGAUAUAGAUCAGUGGUUCUCAACCUGGGCUCCCCAAUGUUUUUGGCCUUCAACUCCUAGAAACCCUAACAGCUGGUAAACUGGCUGGGAUUUUUUGGGAGUUGUAGGCCAAAAACAUCUGGGGACCCCAGGUUGAGAACCACUGAUAUAGAUGUUACUUAUGGGGUCAGGAAUUUGCAAUGCUGUGGAACAUCUUCAAUAUCAUCCCAUAUUGCUCUAUCUUUGAUGUUAAGAGGAACAAAUGUGCAACCUCCCUACUCUGAACUUUGUGGCUAUGAAGUGAGCACUCUGGUAUAGUAAAGCAAUGUGAUGACUAAAGUUUGGGGGAAGUGAAGAGUCAGCAAGGUUUAGGGAUUUGUAGUGCUGGAAGAAGCAGAUUAUGUUCUGGGAAUUUCCAGUUUCUUGGGCAAUAGUUCAGUCAAUUAAUCCCAACAUUGAAUUAACCAAAGAGAAUUUGUGGGCCACACAUGUUUUCACUCACCAUUGGCACUGGUGAGUGAAUUAUGGGAUUAUGGGAUAUAGGGAAGAAAGUUAGGGAAAUUUAGUACCCUUAGGCAUUAUUAUUUUGCUGUACCAAGUUAAAACCCUCUUCUUCUCUACUUUGAGUGUAAAGUAAAACACAAAAUAAAUAAAUGCAUUUAUUAUCUCAUAUUUAGUAGUACUUCUAUAAGGAACAAAGAUCUAUAGAUGUUUCUGUGUCAAGCACUAGAAUCACAUACUAUUGUAGCCCUUCCUUCCACACAUUGCAUAUUUUAUUACAUCUGUCCUACCACUCACACACAUCAUCACCACCAUUAUCAAGAAUCAUCAAGAAUGCGGCCUCAAUUAUUACUGCAAUGCUUUUCUUCCUUGAUCACAAUUAACUGUGUGGGGGUAAGGGCAACAAGGAGAAUGAAGAAAGAAAUGCAUAUUUCUUUUCUAAGAUUUCUUUGCCUUUAUUUCUUCCGCUUCACAUUCUUAAUCAAAGAUGUUACUGUUUGCUUAUUUUUCUUGUGUUUACCAUGAAGAAUCAAUUGUGAUUCAUGGGGAAUAACAACUUUUGCCCUGCAAGGAGUUGAAAGCAGGCUUAAGCAUGUGCCAGUGGUAAUGCCCAACUUCUUUUUGCUAUGAGGUGCUUAUGCUUCAUAGAUGCUUUGAGCAUACUAUUUUCAAUUUAUUUGUUAUUAUUUGCCACCAAAUCAACUUCAAUUUAUCACAACCCUAUGAAAGAGAGAUGUCCAAGAGCCUUUGCAAUCAACUGCCCUGCUCAGAUCUGGCAAACUCAAAAGCUGUGACUUUCUUGAUGGAAUCAAUCCACCUGUAGAGUCCUUUUCUGACUGCCUUCCACUUUACGAAGCAUUUUCUAUUGAAUCAUGUUGUGUCAUGAUAUGUACAAAUUACAACAGCCUUAGUUUAAUCAUAGAAUCGUAGAGUUGGAAGAGACCUCGCGGGCCAUCCAGUCCAACCCCAUCUUGCCUUCCAGUGCGAGUUCUGGCUUGAUUUCCUCUAAGACUCUUUUCCUUAUCUUUUUAGUAGUUCACAAUAUUUGUAAUUCUUCUCCAGCAAUGUGUUUCAAAUGAGUUGAUUUUUUCCUAUUAGCUUUCUUCACCAUCCAGAUUUCACAGUCAUACAUAGAAAUCAGAGAUCCUAUGGCCUGGCUAACUCAGACUUUGGAAUUUAUGUAUAUAUCUAUCUAGUUUCUUCAUAGCUGCCCUUCCAAGUAUUCUUCUGAUUUCUUAGCCUCAGGGUUGUUGUAUGUUUUCCGGGCUGUAUGGCCAUGUUCUAGAAGUAUUCUCUCCUGACGUUUUGCCCAUAUCUAUGGCAGGCAUCCUCAGAGGUUGUGAGGUAUGGAGAAACUAAGCAAGGAAGGUUUAUAUAUAUCUGUGGAAAGUCCAGAAUGAGAAAAGAACUCUUUGUCAGUUGGAAAACAGAGGAGUUCCAGGCAUGGGAAACAGGGGCAGCUAACGACUCUGAACAAAGGAUGCCCCCAGGCAGGAAGACGCCAGGAGAUGAAGCUAUUCAAUGCUAAUCAAGGUGAUUAACUAUAAUAAUAAUAAUAAUUUUAUUCUUGUACCCCGCCCCAUCUCCCCGAAGGGACUCGGGGCGGCUCACAUGAGGCCUUGCCCAACAUCACAAUAUAAAAUCAAAACAAAAACACAAAUUUACAACAAUAAAUCAACAAUAUCGGUAAAACAAUCGAAAAGGACAAUCUUACAGGAUAAAAUGUUAAAACAGGUAUAUCAAACACAAGUCUGGGCCAAAAGGUGAAUGUGUCAAGUCGGGGGGGGGGGGGGGAUAGUUACAUAAUUGACAUAGUCAAUGAAGUACUAUAAAUGACAAUAGUGACAAUGAGAGGGCAGAUCAGUGGGUCUAUUAUUACGUAGGCAGGCAUCUUAAACCAACAAAGUCACUCAUCAAAGGCUUUCUGGAAAAGCCAUGUUUUCAGAUUCUUCCGGAAGGAGAGGAGGGUGGGGGCCAGCCUAAUCUCCCUAGGGAGCAGGUUCCAAAGCUGGGGGGCCACAACAGCAUUCACGACAGCCACGACAUAACUACAGCAUUCACACUGGCCUCCAACUGACAAAGAGUUCGUCUCUCACUCUGGACUUUCCACAGAUAUAUAUAAACCUUCCUUGCUUAGUUUCUCUAUACCUCACAACCUCUGAGGAUGCCUGCCAUAGAUGUGGGUGAAACGUCAGAAUACUUCUAGAACAUGGCCAUAAAGCCCGGAAAACAUACAACAACCCUAUGAUCCCAGCCACGAAAGCCUUCGACAACACAUUCUUGGCUACAGUUUCUAUUUUGUUUAAUGACUAAGAAAGGGUAAUAAGAAAUCUUGUAACUAUUUCAGUGCUUUUUUUUGCCUUAAUAUUCAACCUGCUUUUGCACCUCCUUCUUUAACUUUCAUCAAUACUCAUUCCAAGUCUUGGUCAUUUUCUGGAAGUAAUAUGAUAGAAUCUUGAUUUGUUAAAUUGCUGCUAAUUCUUCCACAAAAUUUCCAUUAAUUUACUUAUAGUUAAAAUGCCAGAAGCAGUCCUCAGACCUGCAUGCUACUGAUCCUGUGUUUCUUCAUUCUCUCACUCUUUUGCUUGUAUGUUCCUGCUUGCUUGAAUCCCCCCCCCCACACACACACACAUUCUCACUUCUUUUCGGAUUCUGUCUGGUUCACAUAAACUAUUCAGUGAUUUAAUUUCUUACCAAUUAGAAGUAAACCAGAUCUUGAAAUGAGUUGCCAUCGAUACAAACUCUUUUGAAAAGCAAAAUGAGUUUUGGCACAAAUUCUAAUCAAAAUUAUUGUGGCACAAACGUUUGUGAACCUAGACAACUAUGAAACCUCAAGUUCUAAUACAUAUAUUAGUAUGUAUGGGAUCCCAAGACUCUUCUGUUCGUUGUUGUUUUUGCUGCACAGCUACCCUUUUCGCAAUUAAAUCAAAAGCUGGCCAUGGUUGUUGAUGCAGGCAAAAUGUUAACCUUGGGCAUGAUAUAAAGUAUGAAGGGAAAUGAAGUGGGAGAAAGGAACUGUUUGUAAGCUUAAGAGGAAGAGAAUGAAAGCCUGAGGUAUAAACCCAUUUUUUAAAGUAUGAUUAAGAGAUCGGAAAGUAAUCAGUCUGAACCAAAUCUGAGAGGCGAAUAAACAGAAUGGUUCAUAGCUGAUACUAUAAAGCUACUUUGGAGCAAAGAGGUUGUUACUUCAACAUUCUACCAUGUACUAAUAUCGGGGUGGGGGUGGGUGGGGGGGGAAUGAACCCAUUGUAACACUGUUUGAUAAAUGUCUUCUAAAGUACGUGUUCACUUAUUACCAAUAAUGAUAUGAAUGCUAUGUAUUCAGUAUAAAACCCAUCAAUCUUCAAUGCUCUGAGGAUGUUUUUGGUAACUUAAAAAGUACUAAUAAUACAUUUGAAUAGUGAUUAUUAUUAUCAUGCCAAAUAAUUUCAUUCCAUCUUUAAAAUAUGUAAUAAAUAUUUAUUAAAUACAGGUUUAAAAUGUUUCUUACUGUUAUCCACCCUGAAUUUUCAGCAGUAGGGUGGGUUUAGAAAACAACAACCCAAAUAAAUAAAUAAAGGUGUACAUGCUUGACAGAAAUAAACAGAAGAGGUGCAACACUAUGUCAUUUUACCCAGAAAAACAAAAUGGAUAAAGCAAACAGCUGUGCAACCAGUUCUCCAGAGUAUUAACUGAAAAGACUGAACUUCAAUUUAUGCUUUAGAACGGGAAUAGCUAUCCACUAUCCUUGAAUCCAGCCAUCAAAAUGCCUUGCUAAUCUUAAUAAAUACAAACUGAGCUGAGAACAGUAUUGAUAAAAUGUAGCUAAGGCACAGUCCAGACCAAAUGUAUGGUGGUGUCAGGUUGAUUUCAGUAGCAAGUUAAGUACAUGCAUAACUGUCUAACCAACAAUAAACUCUUCCUAGUUCUCCCUGAUUAUUUUUCUGAUGUUCUGACAUUAUCAACACAAAUGGCAGAUGUAGAUGCUUCUGUGAAAACCUCCAAGCUGUUACUUUCCCCUCUAGUUGCCAAAUCCACAGCCUUUGAUUACUGCCUUUCCUGUGGUCGUUGAAAGCAUUCUGCUGUUAGAUUUCCAGUGUUUCUUUUGCCACAUUGCUAAAGUUCUUUCUUUUCCGAUUAUCCACAAUGAAGUUUAGUUUGCUGGCCUACAAUUACUGACAGAAAAAAACAUGGUUCAAGUGUUAUGAAAUGCCUCUGUAGAUUAAUUUCUAUAAGUCAAAUUUUUUCAUCACCUGGUGCCUAGUGUUGCAUGUCAAAUAAGAACCAUUCCACAUACUACUGAGACUAAAAGUAAUUAGACCAAAUGAUUUACAUGAAUGUGUGUAUCAACCACAAGAUUGAUACCUAUUUAUAGAUUUGUUCCUUCUCAUUUUGGCUAUUGCAUACUAUAUAUUACUUAUCUUCAUUUUUCUAUAGUUUGCUCUGUGACCAGAAUUCUGGAUAGACAAAAUGAGUCACUGGAAAUCUAACCAUUCUUCUGAUUCUUUCAGUAACUAUAAUUGUCAAUAUUUUCUCUUCCUAUGUGGUAGGCUAACUGGUUUAUUGUUUCCUAGCAGAACUUUACAAUUUAUUUGAGAUUUGGAGGCAUCUUGGAAAUCAAACAUCCCACAAUGAUGCACAAUAAAAUGGCAGCCUUUGUUUUUGUGUUGAAAUCAUAAAAACCUCAAAACAGCUUGGCUCCAGAUUAUCUUAACGAACCAAUUAUUUACAUGUAGACUUUUCUAGGAGACAAGAUCCAUGUUGGAGAACAUAACAUUUCAGACUGAGCAAAUGAACAUGGAAAAAUUAUUGCUUAUUUCCUAAUGCUACAGAUCUAAAAUUCUUUCCCAAUUGAAAUUUAUCAAACUCGCUCUGUAUUUCUUUUGUCUGAAACUAAAGAUAUGAAUAGCUUGAUAGACUUUUAAGCCUAAGCAUAAUUAUUCAUCACAAUUAGAGCAGCCUGCUGAAUCAAUGGAGCUUAUAAAUUUUCCACCUAAAUUUGGAACCUAAAUUUGUAACACCUUGAUGGCAUUAUGAAUGUGUAACAUCCUUCCAUCUUGCGGCUGUUCUGUUCUCAUUUGGUGCUGGAGGUGUUGGUUGUAUUGUGUUCAUUGUACCUCCAAAAGGCUAGUAGUCCUUUUCGUUAUAUGAUUUUAUUGUUAUGCUCUAAGCUACUUUAAAUACUUUUAGUUUAAAAAUGGGAUUCGAAUAUAUUACUAUUUUUGUGACACAUCUGGUUUAAGAAAUAAAGUUAGGUAGGAGUUCUGUGUUUCAUCAGAUCCUAAAUACAGUAACUCCUGUUACCCAGUGUAUGCCACCUGGACUUUCUUGAAAAAAAGACAUAACAUAAUAAUGAACAAAAGCAAAAUGUACAUAGCAGCACUGGUUUAUUCUUGAAGAAUUGGUUUAUAAACAUUUAGAACACUUGAAUAUUUUAUAGUGAGGCACUAAUUUUUCUGCUUCCUUUUUAGAUGAAAUAACUGACCUCAUGGCGCUCUAAAAGUGAAAGCAAUCAUGACAAAGCCAUCAAAGCCAUCUGCAAGAAUGACUGAGGAAUUUUUUAUUAAAAAAAAAGAAUGACCAUUGUGCAUCCCAUAUAGAGGACAAAAUAAGAUUUUUGUGCUGUCCAUCAAACAAUACCGCACAAAGAAAUGUAAAAAUAUUUAUCUAUUUUUCAUUGCACUUUGGGAAGCAGGACAUUUAGAAAAGCUUCCGUGAAACCUGGGUGUGAAUGGGGGAAAUAAAUUAAAACCACCCAUUGUGAAAUCAGAGUUCACAGCUAGCAUUAUAAGGUUAAGUUACUUCUGCUGCUGUUUCUCCUUACCUUUCAGGUUUUUUUAUUGGAGGCUGUUACAAUGCUCAGCAUUGUCAAAAGGACGAGAUUACAAGGCUCCAACAGCACGCUAUUCAGAAUGAUACUUUGAUUUCCAUCCAAAUUAUUUCCUGAUAAUAAAUAUCAUAGAAAAUAUCUUACUGUGCUUUAUAAGCCCACAAUAAAUUGAAUCAGCAGUAAAUUUGUGAGGGUGUUCAGCUGUACUGUGCUGUGGCUUUUCUUGAGUAUAUAACAUCUAUCAUGAAAAUAAUAAAUAAUAUACUAUAAUGUGUUAUUAAAAUGUAUAGUGCUCAGAUCAUAAGUUACUGGAGAGCAAUAGUAAAGGCCCAAAAAGUUAUUUACAAAUUUUCUUUUGAUGCCUCAAGUCAGAUUACUGUACUUAGUGGGGAGGCUGUGGUAUGUGGGACUUCCCUCUGUCAAGUUUGAAACUUUGUUAUCCCACUGCUUAAGUUGUUUUAUUGUGUGUGAACUGAAUUCAAAUAUUUUUAUAGAAAUGUUGAUCUUGGGGUUUUUUUAAAUAAUGUAUCCUACUGUUCACAAACUGACACUUCAAUUUCAAAAAACAAUGGAAAUGACACUACAUAUCUUCACAUAUUUUAAAAUAUUAGUUUUAUCAAUUUAAUUGUGCAACUGUGGCUGUUUCCAAGAUGGUCCUAUAUCUGAAAUAAAAUGUUUAGAAAUUA